CCUGAAAGCUCAUUGAGAACUACGACAAAACGUGUCGACUGCGAGAGAGCGACGUUCGAAUCUCAAAGUGGAAUAGAAUAAUAUAUUAGUUGUUCCCACCUUAAAAAAAAAUUGCAAAUUCAUUUUCCUAUUAUAAGGAAAGCUUAGUAAUUGAAAAGCGGAAAACCAUGGAGGAUGAUCUACCUUUCCGAGCAGAAUACGCAAAAUCAGGUCGAUCGAGUUGCAAAAAAUGCAAAUCAAAUAUUGCUCAAGGUACAUUGCGUCUUGCAGUUGUUUUUCAGUCUGCCAAGUUUGAUGGAAAAAUGACUUCUUGGUAUCACUUUGAUUGUUUUUUUGAAAGACAAAGACCCAAGUCUGCUGGUGAUAUUGAGCAUUUUGAUCUUCUGCGAUGGGAAGAUCAAGAGAAAAUCAAUGAAAAGAUUAAAAGCAUAAAUGAUGGCACCAUUGCAGUGAUACCUAGUAAGAAAGGGAAAGGGAAGAAAGACAAAGUAGUAGAACACUUCUCUGAUUAUGUAAUUGAGUAUGCAAAGUCUGGGAGAGCUGCAUGUCGUGGAUGUUUGGAGAAAAUUGCCAAGGAUGAAAUAAGAAUAUCCAAGAAAGGAUAUGAUACCAAAGGUGGCAUGAGACAUGGACAUAUGUUAGACAUGUGGUACCAUGUCAAAUGUUUCAAGGAACGACGGGAUGAACUUGAAUUCGUAGAUGGGGUGGAAAAAAUUCCUGGAUACCAAAACUUGACAGCUGACGAUAAAAAAGUCCUAUCAAAAGAAUUGCCUGCCCUCUCUGUUCAGAAACGUAAAAUUGAAGAUACUGUAGACGGAGAUGGGUCUUCUAAUGCCAAAAAAAUCAAAAAAGAAGAAAAAGAAAAUGAACAACAGACUGAAGAGAUCAAGAAGCAAAACAAAAUCCAAUUCAAACAUAGGGAUCAGUUGGAAACUUUGACAAAACAGGAACUCCAAGUUAUGUUAGAAUACAAUGAUCAGCAAAUUCCUUCGGGGACAUCAGAGAUAUUGGAUCAUCUCUCGGAUGUCAUGACGUUCGGAGCUUUACGUCCGUGCCCUGAAUGCAAAAACGGGCAGUUAUAUUAUAGGAGUGGUGUUGGCUACCAAUGCUCUGGAAACAUUAGUGGCUGGACUAAGUGUUCUCACACAACAACUGCGCCGGAAAGGAAAGCAUUCAAAGUCCCACCAGAACUAGCCGAAGAAUAUUCGUUCUUGAAAAAGUACAAGUACGUUGCCAGGCAGAGAGUGAUUCCAGCGCUAACCCGAACAGUUCGAAAAGACACUACCGUCGAGGUGAACGUGAAAAAAGAAAAUUCUUCAAACCCAUCGCCUACAUUGGAAGGUUUAAAAUUCGUCGUCGAUUCAAAGCUCGGGCGUUCAAAGGAAAAAAUCGAAGAAAGCGUUAAAAAGCUGGGUGGCUCACUGGGCUCACGCGUUUCGGAAAAAAUAGCCGCUGUAAUCUCAACAAAAGACAAUAUGAAAGACAUGGAGUCUAAGAUAAAGAAAGCUUCGGAACUCGGUAUUCACGUUGUUGAUGUGAGUUUUUUGGAUGAAUUCAAGAAAAGCACCAAUGAGUCGGCAUGUUUCCUGAUCACGAAAAAGAACAUUGCACCGUGGGAUUGUCCAAAUAUAGAGAAUCGUCUCGGUUUAAACAAGUCGGGGGGAGCGAAAGAAGGUGGAUCUAGAAAGUCAACAGGCUCAGGGAAGUCAGGUAUGUCAGAGAAGCUUAAACUGAAAUUGAAAGGGGGAGGCGUAGUCGAUCCCGAUUCCGGCUUAGAAGAUAAAGCGCAUGUGCUUAAAACAAAAGAUUGUUUGUACAGCGUUGUACUUGGAAUCGUUGAUAUCCAGGGAGGGCGUAAUUCGUACUACAAGCUACAAGUUCUUGAACAUGAUAAAGGAAACAAGUGGUAUGUUUUCCGUUCGUGGGGUAGAGUUGGUACAACCAUCGGGGAUACCAAGUUGACCAAAAUGGAGAGCAAACAAGAAGCCAUAGAGGAUUUUGUUGGGCUGUACGAAGAGAAAACGGGAAAUUCAUGGAAAAAUCGCCAUAAUUUCGAGAAACAGCCUGGAAAACUAUAUCCUCUCGAUAUUGAUUAUGGAGAAGCAGAGACUGCAGCAAAAAUGACGAGCGCCAAUUCGACAUCGAAGCUUCAAAAGUCUGUUCAAGACUUGAUCUGCAUGUUGUUUGAUGUUGAAGCCAUGAAACGAACAUUGAUCGAGUUCGAAUUGGAUUUAACUAAAAUGCCCCUCGGCAAAUUGAGUAAAAAGCAGCUUGAAAAGGCUUACGGGAUCCUCAGUCAAGCACAGGAGUUGCUGGACUCAAAGGAAGUUUCGAAAACUAAAUUGGUCGAUGUAUCAAACCAAUUCUACACUCUUAUUCCGCACGAUUUUGGCAGGAAGACUCCACCUGUUCUUGAUAAUUGUGAAAUUAUCAAGUCGAAACUUGAAAUGCUUGAGAGCUUGAUGGAGAUUGAAGUUGCUUUCAGUUUGCUUAAAGCUGGCGAUGCUGUCAAGGAUAAAGAUCCCAUCGAUGCCCACUACGAGAAACUCAACACUGAGAUUGAAGUUUUGGACAAAUCUUCCGAGGACUUCAAACUUAUCCAGACAUAUGCAAAGAACACGCAUGCUGCAACUCAUACUCAGUAUACUCUCGAAGUGGAAGAAGUGUUUAAAGUUGUGCGGAAGGGUGAAUCAAAAAGAUUCCGACCGUUCUCUAAAUUGCCUAACCGUAGGCUCUUGUGGCAUGGUUCUCGCGUAUCCAACGUGGCCGGCAUCUUGUCGCAAGGAUUGCGCAUUGCCCCGCCUGAGGCUCCAGUUACAGGUUACAUGUUCGGCAAAGGUAUUUAUUUUGCCGAUAUGGUGUCAAAGUCGGCCAACUAUUGCGUCACUUCAAAAAGCAAUCCUGUCGGUCUUUUGCUACUCUGCGAUGUUGCACUGGGCAACUGUUACGAGCGCAAAGAAGCCGAUUACAUUGAGAAACUGAAGAAAGGAUAUCAAAGUGUUCUCGGAGUAGGAAAGACUCAACCUAAUCCAGAAGAAUCUAAGAUGAUGGGCGACGUCAAGGUACCGCUCGGUAAGUCAGUUCCCACGAAAGUUAAAGACACGUCAUUACUCUACAACGAAUACAUCGUCUAUGAUGUUGCACAGGUGAACAUCAAAUACCUUGUGAAAACGAAGUUUCACUACAAGUAGGGAACUACCUAUUGACGUUUUACAGUUUUUCUCAAAACAAAGAUCUGACAUCGCAUUUUAUGUUUAUCAAUGAUUGAAACACUUUCACCUGAAUUCCUUUUUUUUUUUUUUUUUCAAAUUAUUGUUUCUGUACCUCAAAGUUAAACAAGUUAUUGACAGCAUA